UACAAGUCACGCUUACGCAGCACUCAUCUACUUUCACACUUCCAUUUCAACUACUGCUUCGCUUCAUUUCUAAUUCAUUCCUACCAUUUUCAACUUUGAAUUGAUACAUUUGAAUGCUACUGUUCUUUUAUUUUUCAACUCACUUUUGAGUCAUCAAACCUGGGAUUGGCUAUUGGGUAGAUUUUCAUAUUCAUAUAACAUAAUAGAAUUGUAAUUGAAGUAAAAUAAGUUGAGUUUCUGUGUUCAAUUUUGCCAAAAGUUUGAUGACAAUCUGAAACGAAAGAUGGGUUUAUCUUAUUCUUGUUGAAUAGAUACUUAAAUAUAUAGUAUCAUUAUAAUGGGAAAGCAAGGAUCCCCAAGAAGUCCACGUCCAGAAGCUGGGAAUGAAUCCCCUCUUGGAAGAAGAAUGUCAGGAGUAGACUACUAUUGGAGUUCGAAACCAGAAAAGUUUUAUGGAUACAAGAAUGAUUUCGGCAAAUACGGCAAAGGACACUUUGUAGGGAAAAGGCAUAUUUGGAUUCGAAAGCAUCUCAAACCAAUAGCUUUAAUGUUUGUGUUUAUGGCCUUCCUUUUCUUGCUUGACUCUGUUAUGAUAUCUAUUUCUGAUUCCAUGAAUGCUCAGAGAAUUUCUACUGAUCAAAGAAAAUCAAGUGGGCUUAAGGAAGAAAACAGGGUAGCCUAUGAAGGCAAAAAUGCUUCUCCAAUCCAUAUGUAUGACCGGCUUUUGAACAUGGCUUCAAGUGUUCUUAUCGAGAAUGAAUUUAAACAAGAGCCUUCAAAUCUUUGGGAAGAGCCAUAUCAGCAAGCUGCUGCAUGGAAACCUUGUGCAGAUAAAAAUGUUUCAACAAGUCUUGUCAAUCUUAUUGAAACAGGUAGGCCUAAGAAAAAUAACGGCUACAUAUUAGUCAGCGCAAACGGUGGUCUUAAUCAACAGCGAGUGGCGAUUUGCAAUGCUGUUGCUGUGGCGUCACUUCUAAAUGCAACUCUUGUUAUUCCAAGGUUUCUUUACAGCAGUGUAUGGAAGGAUCCAAGUCAAUUUGGUGAUAUAUACCAAGAAAAUCAUUUUAUUGACAUUAUGAAGGAUGGAGUAGAUAUAGUAAAGGAGCUCCCCCCUGAUUUGAAAUCAGUGGACAUUGAAGCAAUUGGCAGUCUUAUAACUGAUGAAGGUCUUGUGAAAGAGGCGAAGCCUGCUGAUUAUCUGAAAAUCGUUCUCCCCCUCCUUUUGCGCAAUCGAGUUGUUCACUUAUUGGGAUUCGGAAAUCGGCUUGGAUUUGAUCCCUUGCCGUUGGAGCUUCAGAAACUGAGAUGCAAGUGUAAUUUUCACGCUUUGAAGUUUUCACCGAAGAUACAAAAAGUAGGCUCACUAUUAGUUAGAAGAAUUCGAAAAUAUGAUGCUGCAAGAAGUUUGUUGGACAAACAAUUGCUUGGAAACUUCCUACCAUUUGGCAAUACAAAAAUAAGAGAAGACAGUAGUACAGUAAGUGGCCAUUCUAAAUAUCUUGCCUUGCAUUUAAGAUUUGAAGUUGACAUGGUCGCCUACUCCUUCUGUGACUUUGGCGGUGGAGAGAGAGAAAGAAGAGAACUCCAAGCCUAUAGGAAAAUCCAUUUUCCAUUGCUUAUGGAGCGCUUGAAAAACUCAAAGCCUAUUUCUCCAGUAGAAUUACGAAAGCUUGGGAGAUGUCCAUUGACACCAGAAGAAGCAGCUCUUGUUCUAGCCGGUAUUGGCUUUAAGCGUGGAACUUAUAUUUAUCUGGCUGGGUCUCAAAUAUAUGGUGGUGAACCCAAGAUGAAUCCCUUCACUAGCCUUUAUCCUAAUCUUGUCACAAAGGAAACUCUUCUCACUCCUAGUGAACUUGCACCUUUUCAAAAUUUUUCUUCUCAGCUGGCAGCAUUGGACUUCAUUGCCUGUGCAACAUCAGAUGUAUUCGCCAUGACUGAUUCAGGGAGCCAAUUGUCAUCCCUAGUGUCUGGAUUUCGAACGUAUUAUGGGAAUGGUGAUGCGCCUACUUUGAGACCAAACAAGAAGAGAAUAGCAGCAAUUCUAUCAGAGAAUUACACAAUAGAAUGGAAGAGUUUUGAGGAAAGAGUAAAAAAGAUGAUUGAAGAAGGUCAAAGAGUCCGUGUGAGGGGUUUGGGUAGAAGCAUUUAUCGUCAGCCAAGGUGUCCUGAGUGCAUGUGCAAAACUAAUUAACCAUAUACUUUGUUUUAUCUUCUUUUUUUUUUUUUUUUUUUCGUAAAUAUCAUUUUAUGCUCUCUAUUUUGUAAAAGUUACUGAUUAGUCUUUCUGUUUCAUUAAAUGAUAAAUUAAACACUAUAUUUUGUAAAA